AAGCUCUUCUAAAUAAUUUACAACAUUUGAAUAUCAAUUUCACUCAACAUACAAAUGAUUUGUUCUGCAUUAAAGGAGGUCAAACUCCUAUAUCCUAUAUUAUCCCUAUUAAUAACAAGGAUCUUAAAACUCUAACCUUUGGAUCUCUUGCUCAAAUAAGUACACCUCCAAAUUGGUAUCUCAGAUUACAACAGAAAGUUGUUGACAAUCCUGUUUAUACUAAUAGACUAUUACUACAAUUUGCAUCUGACUCUUCGCAUUUAUCUGA